GGGAUGGAAAGAUCGGUUCUUCUAUGUCUCCGUCCCGGACGGUUUGAUUCCAAGGCAAUGGAAUGCUUUCCCUCCGAAGUCUCCUGAGCCGUUCAUCUAUGAGGAUCUUAACAAGGAUAUCAUUGAUGUGGAGCAGGGUGGCUCUUACAAGAUCAAGGCCUACUUGACCCCUGAUCGGCUUAUCAAGGCCGGGAUAGGUACUGCCCGUAUCCCUGGAUAUACUUGAUUGAAACCCAAGUGCCAUGGCCCGGGCGGUCCUUCCCGUGUGAGAAACACUUUGUUCAUCCACGUUGGAACCGCUCGGUACUAAACUUUUUCUUUGCUUUUUCAGCUCUCAACCCAGACGCAACUCCAGAUCCCGAAGAAGCCAACCAUCCCGCAGAGGUUAUGGAUGACAGUAGGCUGUUUUCUGUAGGUGGUGGUGAUAAGGAGCCACAACAAAAGCGUGCUGAUGAACAAAGAAAGAAGCGGAAGAGGUCGAAGAAGACCGUUCAGGCAGGAUCUUCUGAGGCCGUUUCGCAGGGCAUGGAACAAUCUCAGCCCGUUCAGGACGUCUCAUCCUAGUCCGUUCAGGACGUUUAGCCCAUUCAUCAAGUCGCCCCAGAACAGCCUAACAUGGCUGACAUGUUCAUGGACAACCUGUUCGGUCCUGAGCAGUUACAGGAGUUCCUCGGGCACUUUAGCUUUGCUCCGGGUUCCAGUGCAGAGGCCCAUCAGGGUGACCUAGUGGGGCGGAUCGAGUGGAUUUCUUUGGAAGAUCCUGCUCAUGAAAUUCUGGAGCGCAGUGGAGCAACAACAUCCCGGCUUUGGUCCACUCCGACUUUCUUCAAUGGCCUCCCGCUCACUUAGCUUCCAGUGGAGCGUACGGAGGAAUGUCUUGCUUUGACUGCUCUUAAGAUGGGGCUGUACAACCUGCAAGUGCGAGAGGCUCGGCUGGCUAAAGAGCGUGAGCUGCUCGUGGCCCAAGAAAAUGCCAAACAUGCCGUUUCUAAAGCUGUGCAGGCGGCCGAGUCUGAACGCCUCUCUUUCGCUGAGGAGCGGAAGAAACUCGAGGCCGGGCUGGGGGAGCUCCGUGUUCAGGUGGCUACCCUUCAGGCGAAGAUUGCGGCUGCUGAGGCCGCACAAAUCAAAUUCAAGGAGGCGCCUUCGCAAAUCCCGGACGGUCCUCCUGAAGUGAGCGUGGAUCUUUCCUCCGUCCGGGAGGAUUUCAUGGCUUCCGAAGAAUUUGCUGCUCUAAAGGAGGAUUAUGCCCUCGAGCAACUCCCCGCUAUCUUCGGGCGGCAUCUGGGGAAACUGAGCGGGGAGGCACGCCAAAAAGAGGGGGUCCGGAUGCUCGAUCAGGAUCCCGUAGCCAAAGAGUGGGCUGAAACCCUUGCUCGGAAGGUUUACUCUGCCGGAUGCCAGCAUAUGUUGCAGCCUAUCCUUCCCCUUCUUGAGAAGCUUCUAGGCCGAUCAAUGCAGCCCUCAGACUUCCCUCAUCUAGCUUCCAAUCACCUUAAUGCUCUAAAGGCCCAGUUGGGCAAGUGCAGACAGGCUUUGGGGAUGGAGUCUGACCAGGAUGCGGAUGAGGAGGCUGAAGAUGAUGAUGAGGAUGACGACGAAGAUGGCCCCGGACAGUAGAAUAGAUUUAAUCCUGUAUCUGUACUCCCCUCUUCUGCCUUCAUUCAGAGUUUUGUAAUUUCCGGCCAGUAGAGCUGAUCGGUUUGAACUUGCAAGUGUACAAGUGCCGAUAUAGUAAUAAAUUCCGGUAAAAUACUGGGUCGAAUCCACAGGGAAACGUUGUUUAAUUUAG